GGAACAACUGUUGCAAACGUUUUUUCGACUCUUUUUCUCACGCACCUUGUAUUCUAACAAUUCAUACCUAUCUUCUCUUCUAUAUAUACAUCUCUCUUCCACCAUUCAUAUAUAUGCACUAGUACACAUUUUCUCAGCCUUCCUACUUCUUCAUUCUGUUUUACACUCUCCAACACAAAGUUCAAAAAAAUCUAUAGAGUGUGUGAAACAGAAAACUUUAAAGAGAUCAUGGGAAGUGCUAGUAUUAUUCCUUUAGUUUUGAUGAUUGUAAUGCAACUUGCAUACGCAGGAAUGAACAUAACAUCCAAAAUUGCAAUUCUUGGUGGAAUGAAUCCUCUCAUCCUAGUUGCAUACCGUCAGAUCUUUGCGACGGUUUCGAUAGCUCCAUUUGCGUACUGGCUAGAACGGGAUAUGGUUCCAAGGAUGACAAAGCGCAUUAUGGUUCAGAUAUUGUUAUCUUCCAUAACUGGAGUAACAGGAAAUCAAGUUCUGUACUUUGCGGGGCUAAAAUACACAACCGCAACAAUUGCAUGUGCCCUAACCAAUUUGCUUCCAGCUUUUACAUUUGUCCUAGCAAUCCUCUUCAGACAAGAGAAUUUGGGAAUAAAGAAGAAAAGUGGUAUAGCAAAAGUGGUAGGGACAGUUCUAUGUGUUGGUGGAGCGAUACUUCUAUCAUUUUACCAUGGACAAGUAAUUGGUAUACCAGAAUCAAAAAUUCAUUGGAGUUAUGCUGAGAGAAUUGAAGGAGCUGGUGAUAACUCCUCUGCUGCCCAAUCUAAUAAUGUGCUUCUAGGCCCUAUUCUCUUAAUUCUCAGUGCUCUUAUUUGGUCACUAUGGUUCAUCAUUCAAGCAGAUAUGAGCAAGAAUUUUCCAGUACCUUAUACAAGCACAGCCUACAUGUGUUUCUUGGCAAGUUUUCAAUGUGUGUUCAUUGCCUUGUGUUUUGACCAUAGAGUCUCAUCUUGGUCACUCAGUGAUGCUAUGAGACUUACCUCUUCUCUUUAUGCGGGAAUAAUUUGCACCGGGCUUUCUUAUUGUAUAAUUUCUUGGACCAUUGAGAGAAAAGGGCCUCUUUAUGUCUCUGUAUUUACCCCCUUGCAGCUUAUCAUCACAGCUUUUAUUAGCUGGGCUUUUCUUCGGGAGAAAUUAUAUGUUGGAACUGCAUUAGGGUCUCUGCUGAUAGUUGGUGGACUAUAUUCUGUUCUAUGGGGAAAGAGCAAAGAGGUUGAUAACAACAAAGUGGAGGAUGCUACUGAUGAUGAUGAUGAUGAUGAUGAUGAUGAUGAUGAAGCUAUAGUGAUGCCAUUGCCACCAUCAAUUAAGAAUGAUAUGGAAAUGCAAUCCUAUAUUCCAUCAUCCAAUGGUAACGGCCACUAAGGAAAUUGGAGCUGGAUGGACAAUUGAGAGGAUCCAAUUGCAGGAUCAGUUUAUUUAAGUUUUAAUUUUUUGUUUGUUUUUCUCUGCGGCAAAUUAUAUAUAUUAUUAUUAGUAUUAAAAUACACACCAAGGUCACAUUUGAAAUCCAAUUUUAGUAUUGGCUUCUGUGUGUGUGUGUGUAAGUUGGUGUACUGUCACAUUAGAAAGUGAUUCAUAACCAUUUAUGUAUCAAUCAACUAUCAACUUCAAAUUUUUAAAGCCGUAUCAGUUUAUUAGCUUAUUUACAUUA